AUGGGAUCAAUAUCACAAAACAAUGAAUUAAUUACAAAUUCGUCAAAAAAUCAUUGUUCGGGUUCACGAUUUGUCGCAGACAUGAAGCGCUCUUUUUUGGAAGGGUUAACUUUUCACACCAGCCCAAAAAACAAAUCACAAAAAAAUUCAUUUUCACGUCGAUCAUUCACUGAAAGAGCUCUUUCUAUGCCAUCAUCAGAAAGAUUACACUUGCUAACCUUUGAACCAAACACUGUUGAUCUGAUUAAGACAGGAGACAAGGUUACUCAUCUUCAAGUUGGAAAAGUUUCCUAUGAACUGCAAAAUGUGCCACUCACAAAUGAGAUUGUCCACAAGAAUGAUGAGGUGGACAUCAAGUUGAAGAAAUAUCUCAACCACUAUGCUGGGAUUUUGACAUUGAAUACUGGACAAAUGAUCAAAGUAUUUUCUCCUUUCAGUUGUACCUAUCAAUUACAACUUUCUGAUCAGAGUUUCGUCAAGCAAGAUGACAAGGAGAGUGAUCAAGCCACCUACUCCAACUUUAAAACUCUCAAAGUCGAUAUCAACCUUGACAAGAAAAAUUCAUUGACAAGUAAGAUUACUCUUGACAAUGUUCAUGUGGACAGUGUGGUGUAUUUGGGUGGUAUUUCUAUUGAAAAUGAAUUCGGUCAACAUGGUACUGAAUUUUCGCAUAUGGAGUUGCAAAUAGAUCCUUUCACUAAUGCUUUUUCAGGAUUCUUGAUCAAGAAGCAAGAUCAGAAAAAGUAUAGAAUGAAAGGAUUUUCUUUAAAUGACCACACCUCUACUCAAUUGGUUCAACAUGAUUCAAAUUUGAGUUUGUCUGAUCUGAUCUCACUCACCCAAAUGAAGGACAAGCAUGACGUUGCUCUUCAAUAUGCCCAAGAAGGUUUCUUAACAAUCUUGUUCGAUAAGAUGGAUGAACGUUACUUCAACACCUUCUUCUCAAGAACAAAGGUACCUCUCUCUGGUGAAUUGUAUGAAAUUUCUGAGAAGAACAUUCCUGGUCAAGCUACUAUUCGUGAUUUUUAUAGAAAGUAUUCCUAUCCUCUUAUUAGCAAAAUGUUGAUUAACGGCAAUAAGAGUGAAAUUCUUGACAGUUUUGAUACCAAGCCAAACAUUCAUAGAAUCAACAAUUAUUUGGAGAGAGAAGUUCUUGAAGAUGUGAAUUAUCAAAAUCAAAACGCUCUUCUUUAUAAAUAUGGCUACAAGAAGGCUGUUCCUAAAGUCAUCAGUUACAUGCAAGAUCAAUCGAGAAUUGGUUAUGACUAUUGGGCACAACGCUUGUUUUACCAUUACUCUUCUCAAGAAUAUAUAGAUUAUGUGAAGAAUAUCUUGAGCUCUCCUGACUUCCAAAAAGACAGCUCGGCCAUUAAGAAAAUAUUCAAUGAAUGGACAGCCAAAAUGUCUGUACUUCAAGGAGAAUACUUGUCCAAGAAAUUGUCGACCUUAAUCAUGAUGAAUGCAUUUGCUGCUGCAUCAAGUCCAGAUAACUAUUUGGAUGAUGACAUGAACACUACCUUCGUUGCAGAUGAACAAGAUCGAAAGGCAUUCCUCAAGCUCUUGGAAGACUUGGCCAAAGAAGAUAGUGAUUUCGAUGCAAUUGUUAACUUUGUCUCUGACUCUGUUCAACUUUUGGACUCCCUUGUGAAUAUUGCAUUCAUUUGUUAUUCAUUCAAGAUGAAUGGUGCCUCUCAAGCUUCUCUUCAACAAGCACUUACUGAUUGGGGAAACAGCGCAAAUCACAAAAGGUAUGCUUUGCAAAAAUUGAUUCCAGAAGGCAAAUUUGAAAAGAUUACCGUUGGAUUGAGUAUCACUGCUCAAUUGUUCUCUUUUGGAAUUUCUAUCUAUGCUUUAGUGAAAGGGCCAGAUACUGUUCUCGAUACUGUUGCAUUGGUGACCAACAUUAUUCAGGUUACCUUGUCGGCUUCUUUUGCCCUUUUCAAAAUGUUUACAACGAUUGAUUUUAACUACAGAACCAAUCUCUAUGUUGCUGCAAAUGGUACCAUGAUUGCACAACCAACAGUAUGGAGAAAAAUUGUGGCACACUUUAAUGCUGUUGAACCCGAUGGAUAUGGCAUGAAAAGCUUCAAAUAUAACCUUUCAAGACCUGCCGGAUGGAUCAAAAUGAUCACUCUUAUUGGUUCCAUUAUUAGUUCGGUCAUUGCUGGAAUUCAAUUCACCACUGCUUUGAAGAAUGGAGACACCGGUCGUGCAGUUAUUUAUUGCAUGAUUAUGGCAUUCUCUAUUAUUCAGGCUGUGUUUGUGACAGUGUCUCUAUUUACAGUGACAGGUAUUGCUGCUUCCUUGGGAGCUGCUUUGUGUUCUGCUGUUAUAUUUGUGUUGACCUUGGUUGAAUUGUUCCUUCCAAAAAAGAAUGAAGAUGUUAAAGCGUUCUCUCGAGAAUCUGACAUGCAACAAUUCCUUGUUACCAAUGUGAUUAGCCAAAUCACCAAGCCAUCAGGUCUUGAGUAUGGAGACAAGCUUGAACGCGGUGAUUACUCCUUACAAGUUGACACUAAUGGAAUUCAUGUGAGAAAGAAUGGUCAUAUUGCUAGCACAAUUCUUUCUUUCGAUAACAAAGCCUCCAGUCCAUUGUUGCUAUUGAGAUCAACUGGAUUUCUUGUGGUAGAGACUAAGAAUGAUGCUUAUUCAACAGUUGCAACUCUGGAAUAUACCAAACAUGCGAGCGAUGUGAAUUCAAAGGUUACCUUAAAGCUUGACAGCAAUGGUGUUGUUACUGUGUUGGAGAAUGCUUCCAACAGCAAUGGAAAUGUAUUGUACACUCAUUAA